CUUAUAUAGAGAUGUCGAUUGAUUGGGUCCACAAUUGGCGAAUCGAUCAUCAUGCUGGCGCAACAACAGGAAGUCGAGGCGGAUGUCCGCAAGGAGGACCAGCUGCGUAUCAACGAGUUUGGUCGCAAUAACGCGGCGCUGCACGAGAUCCGCGAGCAGAAGAAGGCGCUCAAGGACAAGCUCGACACUCUGGACGACGCCAAUACGGACCUCAUGAUGGGCGAGGGCGACAACGUCCAGCUAUUUAUUGGGGAGAGCUUCGUGGAGGCGUCCGAGGAUUUUGCCCAGGAGUAUCUCGAAAAGCGCGUGGAGGAAGCCAACAACGAGCUUACGAAGCUGCAGGCGGAGGAGUCGAAGCUCGAGGCCCGGCAGGCGGCGUUGAAGAAGGUGCUGUAUGGGCGCUUUGGCCAGAGCAUUAAUCUCGAAGAUAAAUAGCUACUUCGUAGACGUCAGCAGGGGCAAGAAACAAGUCGGGAUAAAACGAAUUUCGUUGUGGUUUUUUUAGCUUUCGAGCACUAUUUCACCCAGGUUUUAUCAUACUAACCAUUUGUAGCGUGAGUUUUUUUCUUCUACGAGAAGAUUUUCAGUGUGCCACAUGGAUUCUUCCAGUCGCGCAAUGAACUCGUCGUUUAACGCUUGUGCAUCGUAAUAUUUCGCUUCAACAAGCUCCCAGGCAUUCGGUGUGACAGCGUCUUCAAGUGCCAAUUGGAUUAAAACAGCGUGCAAAUGAGCACAAAGUGCGUCUUGAGGCGUUGCAUUCUCCUCCAAAGCCAAGUCAAUACGAUGCGCUCCUCGUUCCAUGAGUGUCAAGUUCAGCAGAUACUUCUCCACACCAUAAAAAUCCUUCAAUCGGCCAAGAAUAUCUGGAUUAUCCUGCGAAAGUUGAUCCAACGUAGCAUCCUCGUGAAUUACAGAUUUGUCGUGCAAUGUCUGGUAUCCAGUUAACAUCGUGGGGAUGAAAACUUCUCGCUCGCUCACGGUCUUCAUACUAGGGAUCUCGCGAGCUUCUGAUGAUGGUUUCAGGAAGUGUGUGGCGAUAAUAUGCAGACGCUGGCAGUUCAAGGUACGCAACUGCACACAGUCUACGGACUUGUACGUGCUGAUCAUGUGAACUGCCGAGAGUACAGAGAACGCAGCCACAACAUUCAAAGUAUGCGCUCCAGUCCACUGCGAGAUCAAAAUUCCCAGUCCUGUACCAAAGAUCGACGACGCGAUCCCUUGAGACCCCGCCUUGGCCGUCACAUCUGCCAGAUUUUCUCUAAUUGCAAACGAAUUGUGGAAACCUGCACGUGUUGCACUAGCACUCAACCACGCCACAUUUUUGGCGACGUUUGCCAGUGAUGCAAUUGCCAGGAAACUCCCUGGUGCCAACGGAGUUAAGAUCUCUCCAAGCACAGCUAUAUCCAGCGCUAUGGACGACGCUAUACGCCAACGUUUCGGGUCUGCAUCGUAUCGGUUGUUGACGAUACUGGCAAAUAACACCCCUCCAAAUUGUCCCAGUCCGUCCUUGAGUACCCAAUUCACUGCUGCGGCAGUGGGGAUCGCUCCAGCGCCUAGGCCAACAGCGUAUAAUAGUGAUUGCAUUGACAACACACCGGCGGCACAAGACGCUAUGGAGCCCACGAAGCUCCACUUGGCGUAUGGGAAAUAGUCUUUGGUCACUGAUGUAUGGGCAUCUUUGGGCAGGAAUAAGUCCCAAAGCACAUUAUACAGCCAUGUGCUUGUUCGUUGCGCUGCCGCGAAGCUCGAAGCCUUCGUGGGUUUGUCAGUCUGUUGACUCCACAAUCCUAGCGUUCCUCCAGUCUUUUCCACUUGAAAUUUGUGUUGUUUCGAUUGGGAAUCCGCUGGGAGGACGUGGUAGAUGGAGCGUCCUCGGGCGAAUCCGUUAGCUUGCGAGGCGACAGGCACCCGAGAGGUAGAGGAGGUUGAGUAGAGCGCGGCUAGAGGACGGAGCAGUGGAGCACGUGGACAUCCACGCAGCAUGAGCGAGGGACACCGUGCCACUCGCAACAUUAUCCGAUAACACCGACGCUUCAAAAGGUACAGGAUUGGUCGGAUCAAAAACCGACUUCAAGUUGGAUGGAUACUUUUGCUUCGGCAUAGAGUUGGAAACGAUAAUAUUUUGCCGAAUUCUCUAAGCUGCGCAAUAUUGCAGCCUCAAAAUAGCCUAACAGACCGGAUGCACUCUUUGCUGUCUGAUACCUUCAUCCUCUGCAUCGGCACCGAAGAUCGUGCAAUAAUGGGCAUAGGCACG